UUUUGAGUCACAGAAGAAGUCCAUGUGGUAAACAAAUUAACAUUUUGGCUCUCCAUGGAUUUUUUAUUUAUCAACAAAUUUUGCGACAACAAUUUCCAUUUCAUUGGACGCCUGACGACUCCUAUGAGAACUCCAUGAACCUGGUGUGGACUCCAGGGCCACAGUCCUUGGUCUGAGGCUAUCACUGAAUACUAUAGUCGAGUCUUGACAGAUAGAAGCUGUCCCCUGCCAAGAUGUACCCAUCGCAGCCCCUGAAGUCCCAGACAAAGAAAAUGUGAGACGAACCCGACUUAUAAAUCCUCCAGUGAUUGACAAGACCUGAAUAUCGAUGUAAUGUAUAUGUGUACACAAUCCAAACUGAUAAGAAGUAUUAGAUGUGCACCAGUACUGCUAGUGUAUCUCGACUUCUUAAUUGUGAAUGUGUUCUCGCGGCUGUACGCCGAGUGAUAAGAGAGCAAUUGAAAAGCCUUUGUCGUACCAACAAUACUGUCAGUAUCGUGUCAACUGUGAUGCCACUGGGGGGAUUUGAAUUUUUUCCCGGCUGGUGAGUGUGUGGGACAUUAACUGAUCAGUUGUGAAAUCGUGAGUCGUCGAUAAAGUAUUACCUGAUCGAUUCACCAUUUUUCAAAAUCAGUAAUUAUUGACAUGUGACAUAAAGCGUGAGGCCAGCGUCCCUUAUCGUUGAAAAGCAAAAUUUCCACUGUGAGACAUGAAGUCCAACGACUGCGAGAAGAGACAUCACUCGUUUGGAUACAAUCGAUACAGCAAGAAGGACGAGGAGAAUGUUAAUCGACAGAAUGCCAAGAGACCUACCAUUAAGAAUGAAUACAGAAAAUCUAAGAAAUUGUCUCGUUACACUGCUGCCACGAGGAAUUUACUGCCAUUCAGGAGGCGAUUGGAGGCGGAGAUCGAUAAUGCCUCGAUCGAUGAGGCUGGCUUGUGCUCGACACUUUUCUCAUCGUGGCUGACGAAAUAUUUAUGGCGUGCUUAUCGUGAUAAUGGAUUAACUGAUCUACCAAAGUCGUCGCCGUACGAUUGCUGCGAUUACAAUGUGCAGAGACUCGAGGCACUUUGGAAUGAGGAAGUAGUGAGAAAUGGCUUGAGUGGGGCAUCAUUUUCACGAGUCACGUGGAAAUUUAUAAGAACUAGAACACUCAUGGCCAUGCUUAUCACGUCUAUCUCCAUUGUAUUUGGAUUUAUUGGAUCAGCUGUUGUCAUGAGAAAAAUGCUUGAAUUUAUUGAAUCACCAGAUGCAACUCUUGCCAGUGGGAUUUUACUUGUUUUUUUAUUAUUUUUAAUGGAUGGGAUGAAGGUUGUGUUGCAGUGCUGGGCAUGGAUUAUCAGUUACAGAACUGCUCAGAGAUUCAAGGCUGCAUUUAUUGCUACUAUGUAUAGAAAACUGGUUAGAACGAGUAAUCUUGGAAACAAAGAUUCGGGAAAAUUCAUUAACAUGAUGUCCACUGACGGUCAGCAGGUUUACGAUUUAUGCCUUUAUUUACCGCCUUUCUGCAUAAGUCCAGUCGUUACAGUUCUGAUUAUUAUUUAUAUUCUGUGGAUUCUCAGCCCCAUGGCACUCUUGGGAUUUUUUUUCUUCCUGCUGUUCUAUCCCUUUCAGUAUUUCAUCUCGCGUCUCAUUGGAUAUUUAAAAGGCAAGAGUGUCAAGGCAUCGGAUGAUCGAAUAUCAGCGCUUAACGAGAUCCUCAACGGGAUUAAACUGAUUAAAAUGUACGCAUGGGAGGAUCCCUUCAGCGAGAAUCUUCUUGCCAUUAGAGGAAAAGAAAAAGCUCUGUUAGAAAAAAUGACAAUGGCGAGGAGCUAUGGCUCGGCGUUAUCAGUCACUAUUACCCUGAUAUCUGCCAUUGUCACGUUCUUGGGUCAUGUAGCUGGUGGAAAUAAUUUGACUGCAGCGCAGGCUUUUCCAGUGUUAAUUAUAUAUGGAAAUCAAUUGAAACAAGUCCUCAGUAGCAUACGAAAUGGUACAGCACAUUUGAUCAAUUCUAGUAUAUCCUGUAAACGAAUGAAGAGUGCUCUGAGUAUGGCAGAAAAUAAUUGUCCUAUUCACAAGCCAAUAGUGAAAAAUCAAGCCUUGUCAAUAAUAAAUGGAACAUUCAGUUGCGAUAUUCAUGCGGAAAAUUUGGACGAAACUCGGAAAAAAAGAAAAAAAUUACGAACGAAGGAGCUGGACCCCGACGAUGAUGCCCAAGUUCCCCUGAUACCAAAGCGCAUUGAAGUCCUCAGUGACAUAACUUUUGAAGCGGCGAAAAAAAAAUUAAUCGGAAUAUGCGGUAAUGUGGGGAGUGGGAAAAGUAGUUUGUUGAAAGCUGCACUGGGACAACUCCGGAUUACGACGGGGAAGUUAUCGAGGGACGGUAGCUGCGCCUACGUUAGCCAACAGGCGUGGAUACUCAACGCCACUUUCAGGGAGAAUAUUAUCUUUGGAAAUGCCUUCGAUGCUCAGAGAUAUUAUGCAGCUGUUGCCUUGUGCGAGCUCCAGGAGGAUUUGGAUCUGCUGCCAGCGGCUGAUGACACCGAGAUCGGCGAGAGGGGAGUCAAUUUGUCCGGUGGACAGAAGCAGAGGAUCGCCCUGGCACGAGCCUUCUACGCUAAUCGUGACAUAUAUUUCCUCGACGAUCCCCUGAGUGCAGUAGACGUCAACGUUGGCAAAUACAUAUUCGAAAAUUUAAUUCUCCGCGCCCUGAGUGAGAAAACAAUAAUAUUCGUGACCCAUCAAACUUCAUAUUUAUGCUGCUGCGAUGAGAUUUACAUGUUGAACAAUGGACGAAUCGUGGAGUUCGGCACUCACGAGCAGUUGAUGCAGGCGGGGAAGGAGUACGCAGCGAUGGUGAAGAGCAUGUCAAUCAGUCACGGCAAUUCCCCUGGAAGUGAAGAAGAAAAGCGAGGAAAAGGUGAUGACGAUGACAGGAAAGACGAGAAGACGAAUGACUCAGACAUGAACGUAGACAAAUCGAGGAGUAAAACUCCCGUAGUCAAAGUUAAUGGCGUCGAGGACACGAAAAAGGAGGUUUCAAGGGAUACCGCGGCGUUCACGAAGCCCGAGAUCAAGGGCAAAGGGUCUAUAAAGCUCCACACGUACAGAAAUUACGUGAAAGCUAUCGGUGGCUACACAGUUUCAUUAUUUGUCGUAUUCGUCGUUCUGCUGAACGUCAGUGCCUCGACAUUCAGCAGCUGGUGGCUGGCCACCUGGAUAAAAGCAGGUGGAGGAGGUGCGACGACGAUGAUCAACAACGAGACGAUAAUAUCCCAUAAUAUAAUCGACAAUCCUGAUUUACCGUUUUACGAGUCAGUCUAUGGCGCGUGUUUUGGGGCGAUAAUCAUCAUGGGCUUCGUCAGGGGUUUCGUCGUGACCCAGACGACCCUCAGGGCCUCUACGAAAUUGCACAAUAAGCUGUUCAAACGAAUAAUCAGUGCCUCCAUGGAGUUCUUCGAGACAACGCCCAGGGGUCGACUGCAGAACGUAUUCACCAGGGACAUUGACGAGCUGGACAUUCACUUGCCCCUGGCACUGGAGUAUCUCCUUAACAACCUCAUCCACGGCCCUCUCCACAUUUUAAUCAUUUGUCUAGUGUAUCCUUACUUGUCAUUUGUCUUUGCCAUUCUCAUGGUGGGAUUCUACUACGUUACGAAGGUAUUCAGGACUGUCCUCAGGGACAUUCAACGUGUGGAGAGCGCCUCCAGAGCACCGAUCCUCAGUCAUGCGACUGCAACACUCCAGGGAUUGGACACAAUUCACGCUUUUGAGAAAGAGGGUGAGUUUAUCGAGGGAUUUUAUCAAAGAGUCGAUGCCAAUGGCGCCUCCAAUUUGCUGAACAACAUUGCCAUGAGGUGGUCGACGAUACGAUUUGAUGCUCUCACUGUCACUGCGUACGCCUCCACUGGUCUGACAAUGAUUCUGUUCAGGAAUCAGGUGUCACCAGCAAUGGCGGGACUCGCUCUGUCGUUCUGUGGACAGAUGACUGGAUUUAUUCAGUACACCAUAAGGACGAUGUACCAGACUGAACUGAAGUUCAUUUCUGUUGAGAGAAUUGGUAGUUAUUUACAUUCCCUGAGGAAUGAAGAUGAUAACACCAAACGGGUGGCGGUGAACGAGGGGUUCACGAACAGUUGUGACAUUGAGCUCGAUAAUAUCGAGCUGAGGUACAGGAGUGAUCUACCGCCAGUUCUGCAGGGGGUUUCGUUCAGUAUUCAGGCGGGGGAGAAGGUGGGAAUUGCUGGCAGGACUGGCUCGGGGAAGAGCUCCAUCAUAGCUGCACUCUUUAGGAUCGUCGAGCUGUCGGGAGGGUGCAUUAAAAUUGGGGGUGUGGACAUUUCGACUGUUCAGUUGCAUGAGCUGAGGAGUCGACUCUCCAUCAUACCCCAGGAUCCGAUCAUUUUUAGUGGGACUAUUAGGUUUAAUUUGGAUCCAUUCAAGAGCAAAAGUGAUGAGGAACUGUGGGGGGCACUCGAGAGCACCAAGUUAAAGGAUAAAAUCCUGUCCAUGCCUGGACAAUUGGGGGCUUCUGUCGAUUCUGGUGGGACGAACUUGAGUAUGGGAGAGAGGCAGCUACUCUGUCUUGCUAGAGCUAUUCUCAGAAGAAAUAAGAUAUUAAUUUUGGACGAAGCUACAGCCUGCGUUGAUCCAGGAACAGAGGCUAUUGUGCAGAAGACUAUUCAACAGGAAUUUUCAGAUUGUACGAUUUUAACGAUAGCCCACAGACUGCAAACAAUUCUCACCUGCGAUAGAAUCCUCGUUAUCGAGGCUGGAAAAAUUGUGGAAAUGGGAAGUCCUGAUGAAUUACUCAAUAAUUCAAACUCUGUAUUUUCAAAUAUGUUGAAAACUGCCAAAAAGCAUUAUCACUAAUUACAAAUAUUGUUUUUUA